AUGCACCAGCGUCUUAUCGAGUUUGAGCCGCUGAAGGAGAUAUCUCAGCAGCAAGAACAGCUGCUGUGCGAGACACUCAAAUUCGAGGCGGUCGCUGCCAAACGCCCAUCCACGCAGAAGCCGCAGACGAAGGAGAUGGAAAAGCAGGCGCGUAAAGACUUACAGUUCCAGGUGGCAGCAAAACACAGCAUGAAGAAACGAAAGCGCCUGUCGGAGGCUCCUGAACCUAACUCAGACGAACCGAUCGAUGAUUUUGAUGCUCGUGUGAACGGAUACGGUCCCUUCGCACCGGACGACGAGAGUGGAAACAGUGGUCGAUUUCCCAAGCUUGAACGGAUGAGCUGGAACGGCAUGUUACAGAAUUUUCUGUCAGACUCGAAAUCGAUGCGAGACAAAGAAUUGCAAUUAAAAGAGUCAGCGUUAGAACUGGAAAAGAAGAGAGAAGAGCGGCUGGCUGCAGAACAAACUAUGAAACUCGAAAUUCGAAAAGGGAAAUUGGAAGUUGAAAACAAAAAGGAAGACAAUCGCUCCGAAGAGUUAAAAGCCCGCUGA